AUGAAUACUUCUUGUGAAGUUAAUGAGAGCAUUGUUUUACCUGACUCACUACGACAAAUACUGGAGGGUUAUAAACAGUUUCGCGAAAUAACACUUCAGGGCGGCCAUGGAAAGACAGCUCAAUACUACUUGCAAUACACAGAACUCGUCAACAUAUACCUUCGAUUUUCCAGAAGCAUCCGUUGCAGUAAUUUCGAGCUUUACCUGAAUUCUAUUUCCGAAAUAUGUGACUACUUCUUUGCAUUUAAUCUGCCGAAUUAUUCUAAAUGGGCUGCUUUAUAUUUAAAUAAUUUAAUCAAACUCAAAACUGAUAAUUCACCUCUGCUUAUGGAAUUUCGUGAAGGCGCUUUUGGUGUUAGACGAACAAAGUCAUGUUUAGGUAGGUCACCUGUAGACUUGACAUUAGAGCAGACGAUCAAUGCUGAUGCCGGUAAUACUUUAACUGGUGUUAGUCAUUUCACAAACUCAAUAUCUGCACGACAAAGAUGGGCUCUCAGUCACAGCAUGAGGACUAAAAUCCUUUCAGCAGUAAAGGUAGAAAUCGGGUUAUCACAUUCAGAUGAUACUUCUUAUUCUUUGGAAAAAAACCGAAUUGAGAAAGACAACAAAACUCUUAGCAGUAUUCUUGAAACAAUAAAGAAAACAAUGGAUCCUUUCGAUGAAAACCUGGAUAAAAAUAUUUUAUUCAACAUGUCAACUGGUAAAGCGGCAUCCUCAAAUGUUGCUGAUUUUUUGCUCAACAUCAAGUCAUUAGGUCAUCAGCUAAAAUUGCGUUUCUUUUCGGAAUGUUUUAAAGAUUCUUUAAGAUUUGUAAAACCCAUAAAACGAAAUAAUAUUCAUAACUUUGCAUCUGAUUGUGUAAAAAAACUAAUAAAAGGUAAGAACAGAGGCAAUCAAGCAAUAAUUAAAAUGGAACGAGAUAUUUUCGGACGGCUGUUGGCAAUUGCUAUCAAUAAAAAAGUUGAUAUUGAGUACUGCUUAUCGUAUCCCCUUGCACCUGUACCUCCAGCACUGUUUCAUUGUACUGGCCACAUGUUUAAAACAGACAAGUCUACUUUUAGUAAACAUUUAAAGUCAAAGAUUGAACCAUCUCACCCUGGACAAAUUGAAAUAGAAAUAAUUGAUGGUUUCUACUAUAUGUAUUAUAUGGGCACUACUUUGCCACAAACAUUUGGAAAGCUUUGUUCAUCUAAUGCCAGUGAAGUUCACAUCAUAUUUGAUAGAUACCUAACGCCUUCCAUCAAAGAUUGCGAAAGACAGAAUCGAAAGAAAAUUGAUAUUCCCUAUUCAAUAAAUGGAAAAAGAAGCUGUGCAAAUCAAGAAAAAAAAACCUGCACAAAAAUCGCAAAAGCAAUUGUCUAUUCAUCAUCGGAGAGUGAAGCAGAGAACGUGAUUUAUGAAGAAGAGAGUGACAUUGAAGGUAUCACACUUGAAGAACUAAAUAGAAACGAUAAUCCUUCGGAUGAAGAAAUUUAUUCAAGAGAGAUCGUUUCUGGGGACUACAUUUUAAUCAAGUUCGUUACAAAGAAGAAGGUUGUGCAUUACGUGGCGCUAGUUGAAAAUGUUGAUGAAAACGAGUUUGGAGUGUCGUAUUUGCGCCGAAAAGGAGACAAGUUUAUGUUUCCUCAAGUGCCUGAGAAAUUCGAUGUACCGAAGGAAGAUAUCGUAAUGAAAUUGCCCGUUCCAACGUUCCACGGAGGAACACCUCGAGUUUCUCAAAAACUUGUGUUUGCCAUUAACUUUGCCAAAUUUAAUGUAAACUAA